AUGUUCCCUGGUGGUAAGGGGCCCGCUCGUGGAUCUCCUGCACUAGCUGUUCACAACGGAGAGUUAUGGUGUCUCUGGCUCGACAAAAACGAUGGCCUUCUAUACCAUGCUACUAGUGAUAAUCAGUCGUGGGGACCCAAGACAGCGUUUGUUGGAAACUACUGGACCGGCUUGGUUCCAGAUAAUCCAACUGCUGGUCCUGCUCUUGCUGACUGUAAUGGUGUACUUCAUGCAGCCUACUCCGUCGAUGGUAGUCUCGUUCAUUAUCAAUACGACGAUAUUGCGAAGAAGUGGGGUAAACGCUCUCUCUUUGCUCGCUCUAGUGCUACCCCUUCCUUGCAAGCAUUCGACGGCAGGUUAUUUUGUGCAUUCCAAGGAGAUGGGAAUUCUCUUAAUUGGACUACUUGGGAUCCAGAGGAUGGCUGGAUGCGCCCGAUGAGUGCCAACGAGAAAACUUGGGGCUCUCCGGCGCUCUACCUCCUUCUGGAUCGGUUGUGUCUCCUUUUCGCCGAAAAUAAUGACGAUCGCCACACAACGAAUACUACAUUCAAUACAUCCACCAAAUCGUGGUUUAGGACAUUUGGGUCCCCGAGCCAAAAGACUGCAUAUGGUGUUAGUGCCACCGGCUUCAACAAGAACAUUGCAUUGAUGGCAUUCCAGUCACACGAUGACAAGGACAAAGGUCUUGUCUUGGUGGACACAUUCAAUAACGGCGCUUGGCAACAUAACGAGUCCAUUGGAUCUUCUUCUUCCGACACCCCAGCAAUAGCCAUCCUCAAUAAUGUCAUUACUGUUGUUUACAAUGCACACACUGACGCUCGCGAUCUUCUGUGGUCCCAAGCCACCCUUACCGACUAUACGCCUGAUUCUUGGAUGACUGCUCUUGCGAACAUGAAACCGAAUCUUCGAAUCACCGACAUCACUAUUCCGGGUACUCAUGAUACCUGUGCGAUAAGUGCUGUUCCUUGGGUCGCAACCCAGAGUAUGUCAGUCAUUGCCCAGCUCAAUGCAGGCAUCCGUUACUUUGACUUGCGUUGCAAGCUCGUCGAUCGUUCGCUCAUGAUGUAUCACGGACCCUACGCGCUUGAUAUGUACCUUCAGCAUGUCCUGGAUGAUAUCUACUCUUGGCUUCGUUCUCACCCUGCAGAAGGCCUCAUCAUCCAACUCAGCGACGAAAUCAAAGAUAAUCCAGAUUUUGCUUCGUUUUCUCUUGCCGCUACCACGCUCAUCGGUCAGGAUCUCAAUAAAGACCUUUGGAACACAGGGACGACUGUGCCUUUUCUUUCUGGCAUUAAAGGGAAGAUACAGCUCAUUCGUCGCUAUAGGGCAGAUGCAGCGAGUCAGCAGAUCGGUAUAAACGCUACUUCUUGGGCUGAUAACCACGACUCUCCUCGUUUCAUAAUCCCCACCCAGGAUGGCAACUUGGUUAUACAAGACAAAUUCAAGUUCUUUGGAUCUCCGAGCGAGAUUAUCCCGCAGAAGUUUGGUAUUGUGACCACGCUCAUGGAUCAGGCCAGGGCAGACGAAAGCCACUUGAACCUUUAUAUCAACUAUACUAGCAUGAUACACACUUUACCAUUUAGAAGUGGGCCAGUUGCGCCUUGGCAACUUGCGAUUGGAUACUGGGACACCUGGAGCGAGUUCACCCCUGGAAUUAACCGCCACUUGGGCCACAAACUUGCUGCUGAUGGCUUUGCACACUACGGAGUGAUUGUCAUGGACUAUCCAGAGCUGCCAUACGAUCUGAUUGAUUAUCUCAUCACCUCCAACUUUGAAGCAGCAGCAGUCUGA